AUGAAGACCUUCGUUCCGAUUCUUGCCCUCGCGGCCGGGGUGACGGCCACUUUCCACAAUGCCCCCCCAUUUACAUGCCCUGGCAACACCGACAACAAGUGUACCGAUAAGCAGAAGCCUGGCUUCAGCUGGGACGACCUGGACUUUGGUGACUUCUUCGAUUACAACGGCUUCACCUUCAGCGGUUGGAAGUGCGAGGACCAGGGCGGAAGCAAGGGCGGCCGCUUUGCUCCUCGGACUUUCAAGAAGGUCAUCGGCGGCACAUGCACAUCCGACAAGAAGAAGUCACCUUCGUUUGGUUGCGGCGCCUCAAUCGACAAGUUCUCCCUAGGAUCCAUCCAUGUCAAGCCCGAGUUCGACUGCGAUCUCGAGUUCCACUACGACAUGCCUGAUGGGUCGACCUGCAAGCACCGGAGCCCUUGCAAGAAGUCGGGUACCACUGUGGUCAACAGGCAGUGCGGCGGUGCCAAGAACGUGACCAUCAUCUAUCCUCCCCAGCCCAACAAGCCCAAGCCCAGCUGCAGCAUCCAAGUUCCUACGAUUUCCUUCGACUGCAGCACCGCCUCCAGCACCAAGACCAAGCCUCCCAAGACCAGCACCACCAAGACCACCCCGCCGUCUACUACCGCUGCUACCACUACCACUGAGGUGAAGAGCUCGACGACUUCGGCCAAGGGGAGCUCGUCAACCGGCCCUUCAGAGACCAAGCCCACAACCACAAGCCCCAAGCCCACUGGCGGCAGCUCCACUGCCUCGGAGACCAGCACCGCUCCUGUUCAAGGGUCCACUACGACGACUGUCAGCCCCGGCGUCAGCACCACCUCCGCCAGCUCCGCCGCCGAGAGCAGCACCACCUCGGCCAGCUCUGCCGCAGAGAGCAGCACCAGCCAGGCCCCGUCCAGCGGUGUCAGCUCGACCAGCAGCGACACGCUCCCUGCCACCACUGCCACCACCACCAAGAUCAUCGUCACCAGCUCCAUGAGCACGUCAACCAUCUUCACCACCAGCACGUCGACCAUCACCCAGUGCGCGCCCACCGUGUCCUCGUGCCCUGGCAACUCGUCUGUUGUGACCACGGUUGUCACCAUUGCUGUCUCGACCACCAUCUGCCCGGUGACCCAGACCCUGACCAGCAUCGAGACCAACACUAUCGUCCCCGGCACCUCUGUCGCUUCCAGCACGACUCUGGGCGCCGGCUCUAGCACCACCCAGGCCCCGUCCGGCACCGUCGUUGUUCCGGGUACCAGCGGCAUCGCCACCUCUGUCAAGCCUGUUGAGACCCUGCCCUGCCCCAACGUUGUGCCGUCCUGCCUGAACACUUUCAUGUUCCUGGUCAGCUGCGCCGACAACACCGACACGGCGUGCUACUGCCCUGACGCCACCUUCGUCAAGAGCGUCUACGACUGCCUGUACGCCCACGGCGAGACCGACGCCAUCAUCGCCGAGGCCGUCGCCUACUUCCAGGGCAUCUGCGCUCCCUACGUCGGGCAGAACCCGGGUGUUGCCACCGACGCCACCGUCACCUCGUACAUCACCGUGACGGCGCAGCCCACCGUCGCGCCCGUCUACACCACGGUCGUGGUUGACACGACCGUCGUCGUACCCUGCACCGACGAGGCUGGCCAGCCCAUCCCCAGCUCCAGCACCACGGCCGUCAUCAACACGAGCAUGACGGUGCCCCAAGUUGGCUUCACCACGGGCACCACGGGCGGUGUCGACGUCGUCCCCAUCACCAGCGCCCUGCCCAUCGUCACGGGCCCGGCCGGCGGCAACGGCGGCGGCGUCCCCGUCAUCACCUCCAACGGCACCACCGUCGGCCUGCCCACCCCGCCCGCAGGCACCGGCUCGAUCCGUCCCACCACGACGGGCCCCGUCACUGCUGGUAGCGGCCGCACCGCCGCCAGCCUUGGCCUCGCUGCCAUUGCUGCGCUUGCUGUUGCCGUUGCUCUCUAA